CCCGGUGGGAAGACAGAGUGCAACAAGCUCCCGUGUCCAGCCCCAGCGUGCCCUAAGUCCCAGUGGGUGAGGAGUGAAGAGAACCCAUGCUGCCUGGUCUGUGGAGACCCUCCAACUACUGAAGCACCUGUUGAAGAGCCGCAGAAAGAUAUCAAUAUGAAUGGAGCGUGCAACUUCUUGGGUGAAGUGAAAAGCAAUGGUGACAGAUGGCAUCCAAAUAUUCACCCCUUUGGCUACAUGAAAUGUUUUUUCUGUGAAUGCAAGGAUGGAGAGUUCCACUGUGGUCGUCUACAGUGCCCUGUCCUUAGCUGUGUGCGGAGAAGGAAGCGCCCCAAUGUUUGCUGUGAGGAGUGUGCAGCCGACCAACCAGAGGAGCCAAGAGUGAAGAAAAAGAAAGACAAACAAAAAGGUCAAAUGUCAAAAGAUUGCAGCUUUGCUGGAACACCAUACAAAAACGGCCAAAGAUGGCGGCCUAACUCAUCACCAGCUGGAAGUGGAGAAUGCGCUGUGUGCAAAUGCACGGAAGGAAACGUCCAGUGCAGACUCCGAUGUCCUCGUGUGUGUAAAGAGGACAUGGCCAAAAACCCCUGCUGCAGACAUUGUCCAG